GGGCAGUUCUCUCGUCAAGGGGAGGAACCAACGGUCGCGUACAACGUUUUGUCUCUCUAGGACGGGUAAGGCAACUUUGGCUCUUUUCACUCGUGGACUUCAACUCCCAGAAUUCCUGAGCCGAGUUGAAGUCCACGAGUCAUAAAAGAGCCAAGGGUACCUCUGCUCUAGGAAGCAGCGCUUUGUGGUCCAGGCUCUGUGAGGCCUGGACGGCGCGGGAAAUUUUGGCGGGAACAAUUUGCAGCUUCUCUGCUGAGGUGCAGAAACCCCAAAGGAAGCGGAGCGGCCCUUGUCCCCUUCUGCAAACCGGGAAAGGGGCGGGAGAUCCGCCGUAGACUGAAAGCGGCCUCGGAGGGAGUUAACCCCGUUCUGGCUGCGCCGAAGCGGGAGACGGAAUGGCGACUCCGGGAUCGGGAAGAGCAGCACCCCCCGCGACCCUUCAGGCGGGGAGCGGCGGCGGCGGCGGCAGUCCGAGAUGCCUCCCCGAGGGGCUCCGCGACUCCGAGGCCGAACGCCGGCGCUUCCGCAGCUGCCGCCCCAGGGAAGGCGAAGGGCCCCGGGCGCUUUGCAGCCGCCUGCACCGGCUGUGCCGCGGGUGGCUGAGGCCGGAGCGGAGCGGCAAAGCCGAGAUGCUGGACCGGGUGGUGCUGGAGCAGCUGCUGGCCCUGCUGCCCCCGGAGCUGGCGGGCUGGCUGCGGGAGUGCGGGGCGGAGAGCUGCGCCCAGGCGGUGGCCCUGGCCGAGGGCUGCCUGCUCGGCCCGCCGCCCUCCUCCGCCCCGCGGGAGCCUCCCGGAGAGGGCCGGCAGGAGCUGUUCACAGGAGAGAUCUCAACAGAGCUCCAUGAAAGAGGAAAACAAUGCAAUCCUUCUCCAGGGCUUCUUUUCCAGAGGAUCCAACUUGGGCCACUACAGCAGGGCUCUGAUCCCUUUGAGGAGGUCACUGUGAAUUUCACAGAGGAGGAGUGGGCAUUGCUGGAUUCCGGCCAGAGAGCCUUGUGCAAAGAAGUCACCCUGGAGGCUUUUAGGAAUAUUGCAGCCUUGGCAGGUGAUGCAAUGGAGGAGAAACAGGAAGGGUUAAUGCUGCUGCAAACAGCAAAUUAUGAAGGAGAAAUGACAUUUGACCAUCAAGGGAAUCCAAAGAGACAAGAGAGAAUUCACUCAGGAGGGGAAAGGCCCUCCACAUCUCAUCAUUUCUUUUGUUUUAAUUUACCUAAGAAUCUUCAUAAGAAACAUAAACCACAUAACACAGUAAUAUUAGGAAAUGAUUCCAGUCUGAGCAGAGAAAGUAAAACAUGCAUGAAGUAUAGAAAUAACUUAAGUAGCAAGGCUACUUUUAACGGCUAUCAAAGAAUCCACAUAACUGAGAAGCCAUAUAAAUGUGAGGAAUAUGAAAAUGGUUUUGAUUUAAUAGAAAAACGUAGUUCUGAUGAAAGGAUCCAGACAGGGGAGAAACCAUAUAAAUGUAUAGAGUGUGGAAAGAGCUUCCAUUUCAGGAGUAGGCUUACUUACCAUGAGAGGAGGCACAGAGGGGAAAAAAAUCAUAGCUGCCAGGAGUGUGGAAAGAGAUUCUUUGAGAAGGGAGUCCUUGUUAUCCAUCAAAGGAUCCAUACUGGGGAGAGACCAUAUAAAUGCCUGGAGUGUGGAAAGGGUUUUUUUGAAAACAAACUUCUUAUUCGUCACCAAAGGAUCCACACAGGGGAGAGACCAUAUAAAUGCCCGGAGUGUGGAAAGAGCUUUACUCGGAAAGGACAUCUUAAUUCUCAUAAAAGAAUCCACACAGGGGAGAGACCCUAUAAAUGCACAGAGUGUGGAAAGAGCUUCCAUUUCAAAAGUUCUCUUAAUUGCCAUGGGAGGAGCCACAGAGGGGAGAAAAAACAUAGUUGCCGAGUGUGUGGAAGAAGAUUCUUUAACAAAAGUGCCCUUAAUAUCCAUGAAAAAAUCCACACAGAGGAGAGACCUUAUAAAUGCUUGGAGUGUGGAAAGCAGUUUACUCAGAAAGGAAAUCUUAGUCAUCACGAAAGAAUCCACACAGGAGAGAAACCAUAUAAAUGUGCAGAGUGUGGAAAAGGAUUUUGUAGCAAGCCUAGUCUUUAUGGUCAUCAAAGGAUCCACAUAGCUGAGAAACCAUGUGGUUGUGAGAAACAUGGAAAGGGGUAUGCUUUAAUAGAAGAAUUAAAUUCUCAUAAAAGUAUUCACACAGGAGAGAAACCAUAUAAAUGCACAGAGUGUGGAAAGAGCUUCCACUUCAGGCGUAGUCUUAAUCGUCAUGAGUGGAUCCACAAAAGAGAGAAAAAAUACAAUUGCAAUCAUUGUGGAAAGAGCUUUUUUGUGAAGAGAGACCUUAACGUCCAUCAAAGGAUCCACACAGGAGAGAGAAUGUAUACAUGCACAGAGUGUGGAAAGAGCUUCAUUAGAAACACUCAUCUGGCUCGUCACCAAAGGAUCCACACAGGGGAGAGACCAUAUAAAUGCCUGGAGUGUGGAAAGUGCUUUAUUGAGAAAGGACAUCUUAAUUGUCAUAUAAGAAUUCACACUGGGGAGAAACUGUAUAAAUGCAUGGAUUGUGGAAAGGACUUUAUUCAGAAAGGAAAUCUUAAUUCUCAUAAACGAAUCCACGCGGGAGAAACCGUAUAAAAAUAAGGUUUGUGGAAAAUAGUUUGCUCAUAAAGGAAAUCUUUUUGUGAAAGUAUCCACACAGGAGAGAAAGCAUAUAAAUGCACAAUGGGUUUGAAAAGAGCAAUCUUUUCCAAAGUUCUCGUAAUUGCCAUGAGGGGAUCCACACGGGAGAAAUAACCUUGCUGCAGGAAGUGUGGAAAGAGAUUCAUUAAGGGAGCCCAUUAUCCUUCAAAGAAUCCACAAUGGAUAAAAUGUAUACAGUAUAUGUCAGGAGUGUGGAAAUAGGUAUACUCACUAAGGACAACUUAAUUCUCAAUCCAAAUUGUGGAGACACCAUAUUUGAGGGGGGCAAACUUUUCCAAAGCACAGAGAAGCUAAGCCAAGAACCAAUGGAUGGAAACUAAUCAAGAACAGAAGCAACCUGAAAUUAAGGAGAAACUUCCUAACAGUGACAGAAGUUAACCUGUGGAACACCUUGCCUUCAGAUGUGGAUGCCCCAUCACUGAAGGCUUUCAAAAAAAGACUGGAUAGCCAUUUGUCUGAAAUGGUAUAGGGUCACGUCUUCAAGUAAGGCAUUGGACUUUCCAACUCUGUUAUUCUGUGUUCUAUGAUUCACUUAAGAACUGCAAUGAUUUGCUCAACUGGCAUAAAUGAUUAGAAACUGGAGUAUGAAUCAAGCGUUUGCAAUAGUGGCAAAUAUCUGUAGCUCAGGUGUAGGAUGAGGGUGAAAGUUCGUUCUCCGAGCUUGUGGAUUGGUUUCUGAAUAUUUCAUUACCAGGUUAGGUAACAUCUUAAUAGCGGCAUUUAGUGGAUGUCUCUGUCAGUGUUCCACUGUUUAUAAGGGCUUCAGGUGUGGGAAUGUCACUUAACUGUCUUGUGGAGCAGCAGUGGUACAGUGGUUAGAAUGCAGUACUGCAGGUUAAUCCUGCUGACUGCCAGGUGAUUGCAGGCAAUUCGAUUCUCACUGGCUCAAGGUUGACUCAGCCUUCUGUCUUUCUGAGGUUGGUAAAAUGAGGAGCCAGAUUUGUUGGGGACAAUAUGCUGACUCUAAACCGCUUAGAGAGGGCUGUAAAGCUCUGUGAAGUGGUACAUAAGUUUUAAGUGCUAUUGCUAAGCAACAGAAAUGUUGGACUGAAUCAUAGUUCUAAGUUGAGAACUUCCUUAUUAAUUUCCUUUUGAAAUAAAUAUCAUUAGACUUGAUUCCAAUAACUGAUUUUCUUGUAGGGAGGGGCUGUUCCUUAUAAGCAAAUGUUAUUUUCCUGAAAUGUAAAGCCUUUAUACAUCAGCAUUGAGCCACUUAUAAAGCAGACCUGCUUGUUAUUCCAAAUGUGACUUUAAACCAGGAUAAGGGAUGUCCUAUUGCUGUUGAUUUCAUCAUUAUGCAGAAUAUUUCAUUGCCCCUAUAUUUGUUUUAAUCCAGAGAAGUAUUUGGAGAUGUUAAAAUGCAGACCUGCAUAAGGCAAACAUAACUGAAAUUCCUAUUUAAACAAUUGUUGCCUGGGACUUGAUACACUAUAUGCAACAGAUUAGCUCAGGGGGGCUUCCAGUUUGCCGAUAAGGUUGCCAUGGACGCCUGGAAAGUGAGCUCUGUCUUCCACGUCCGAUUUUGCACUGCUGGGGGACCCUGGAAAGGGUCGAAAAUCGCCCUGUAGGGGCGACUAGCAAAGAGGGGGUCCUUGUGGGAGGGCAGUAACCCUUCAGUUUGAUCCAGGGUAGCCCUCCAUACCGGCAGACGAAAGACCGGCCAUAGAAAUAUGGCUCGUCACUAGGCUGCAGACAGCCAAAGUCAAAUUUACCAUCAGGCAACUAUAAAACAGCACAGAUGAGGUUGGGUGAGAUCUACCUCUCUUAAAUCCUAACUAUUUUUUCUACCUGCAUAAGCUGCUCAAAGUACUUUCCCCCCUGUGGAGAUGAAAGGGAGAUUCUACCCCUCCCUCUGAAAACAGUGGCGACUGACUAUCCAGAGGCGUUUAAAACAGUGCAAGAAUAACCUGAGUCUAAUUGGAUUUUUAUCUUUUUAAAAUUUGUGGGCUACAAGAUUUUUUAUUCUUAUUGAAGAUCUGGGUUUUUACUUAUAAAAAA